CACGGACGAGCUCAAUAUUGUAGGCACGCAUCGAUACGACGAAUGUGCUUGUUAUACAUCAAUGCGAUUGCGACUGCGAUUGCGACUCGGCUGUAACGCUGAAUCUCGAGACUGUCGUUGUUGCUCUUUGCUCGGCACUCUGCCUUGCUCAUCAUCAAGAAAGUUAAGAAGCGAGCUACGCUGUAGCAAAGAAUUGGAUUGGAGCUCUAUUAAGACAAAAAGCUGGCUUCUACCGCUUGUCUUUCGUAAGUCAGCAGUACACCAGCUGACUCAACAAUUCCAGCGAGGCCACGUCCUUCCUCUUCAAGCUACGUCAAGUUGGUCCGAUGUUUGCUCACGCAACUUGCGCCGUCUCCAGAUAGACCAAACAAGCACUGCUGUCCCAGAAAACGCAGAUGCGAUGAUGACGUACACCCAAAAGUUCGACGCCACAGUCAGAGCGUUGUCACGUUCAGAGUACGCGAAAAAAUUGGACCCGAACAAGGUCUAGCACACCGUCAGCCGUCAAACACUAAGAGCAGAUUUCUAUGAGGCACUUACCGCUAGGAAGGUCGCGGGCAGAAAUAUCGCAGAGAUCAAUGCGAUUGUCAUCAUAGACCGAGUGUCCUUUGUAGACUGUUCCGUGAGUCGUUUCAUCAGCCCGUUUUCUUUGAUGCUCUGUUCUGUUAAUCUUUGCAUCUCAAGGUUGAUUCGCUUGCUUGCUUCGUUCGAUCGGGAAUCUUGAAUACCU